AUGGGUUGGUACACGGCUGCAGUCGUCCACCAAAACGUCGCAGUGAACGGCCUAACAUUCAGGGCACAAAAUAUAACACAUGCGGAGGAGGUCGCCAUCGCGCUAGCUGCCGCAGACCAGGACUCGCGCGUCAUCAUUACCGACUCGAGAGGGGCCUGCAGAAAUAUUGAACAGGGGUACGCUCCUCACCUUGCGUAUCGCAUCCUGCAAGAUAGCAAUUACGUCGGGGCCCCCGCGUCCCGGAUGAUCAUAUGGGCUCCAGCUCAUACGGGCCUCGAAGGCAACGAAACGGCAGACGCCGCUGCCCGCGCGCUCACUCUCCGGGCAACGCCUUCAGACCCUUCCGAAAUGGAUCCCGAACCCAAACCGGCCUUAACGUAUCGGGAAAUUACUGAGUUCUAUCAAUUCGGCCACGCAAUUUAUCCUAAACCCUGUAAGGGCCUUACAAAGGUGGAGGAACGCACACUCCUCCGCCUUUACACCAAAACGCUGCUGUGCCCGGCAGUUUUAAAACAUUUUGAUCCGGCCUGUACAGGAAAAUGCCCAUACUGUGAGGAGAAGUCUUCGGACGUCUACCACAUGGUGUGGGCAUGCCAGUCAACCCCGAACCUCGCCCCAAAACCACACCCCACCCGGGAGGACUGGGAGGCAGCCCUGCUCGGCUGCUCCGACCUGGCGAGCCAGAAGGCCCUGGUCGACCGAGCUCGAGUCGCGGCGAUCGCCAAUGGGCUCCUGUAAUGAGGAGCCCACCUAGUGCUUGUGAGGGGUGGCCCCCUCCGGGCCACCUCGCGCUUACUCCCUGUAUAUACCUCUAAUAAAGUU